AUUGUAUCGUACGACUACAGUUAGAUGAAGCCAUGGAAUGUUUCGCAAUAUAUUUCACAGAAAAAGGUAAAAACACAGUCACCAAAAUACAUUUAUUUCAGGAAAACGUUCUCUGACUUUUAUUUAAAUAAUCUAUCACUUUAGCGUUUGCUAUUCAAAAAUAGAGAUUUUUUUUUUUAGAUGAAUAACUAUUCGUCCCGUUUUAGUAGUUCUACUCAUGAGUUCGUAGUAUUUAUUUAUAGUAUAAUGUAUAGUAAUAGUAAUAGUUAUACUAAAUAUUUAUUACUAAUUACUACAUUAUAGUAUCAUACUCUGUGGCACUGUGUAAUUACUCAUGAUCAUCAGAUCUUGGUCUUGAUAAUCAUGUUAUUUAUUGUUAUUGAUUAGUCAGUGAUAAGCCAGAUAAGAUUCUUUUAUUAAUCCAUAUAAUAUAAAUGGAAAUGAUUAUUUUUUUCAUUACAUGUGAUGUAGGCUACAUAUUAAUUUCAGCACUUAGAUGAACAUGACAACAUUUUUAAAUUUAAACUAGAUCAAUUUAAACAAUUUAUUUAAUUUAAUGAUUAAUGUAAAUGAAAAGAAUAUUUUUAAUGUAAUAUUAAAUAUGUAAACUUAAUCAAAUCAAAGUCAAAAGAGCUUGAGUUUAUGUUUAUGACAGUUAUCAUGUUUCCCAGGCCUAGGGUAACGAUGAAUGGCUUAGAGCAGCAUAGGCAUAAGUAUAAGUAGUGAUAAGACUACUGUCUUUUCUGUUUGCGCACAUCCACAAAUUUUCUACAAAUUCUGCAUGUGGAUACCAGUGAUAGAGAAAUUUGAAUCAAUGAUCAAUAAAGUUUUGUUGAUGGAACACAACAGAGUGUUUGUAGAAAUAGUAUCUGAUCUGAUUUAUGUUUCCAUAAGCGCGCCCAUCCGUUGGUGACAUUAUGUGAACCUGAUAGAAUAUAUCUCUUUAUGAGCUCCUGUAAAGUGAUCUCACACUGGUCUGGCUUUUCAACAAGAAAACAGCGCCCACCACCUCUUUCAAUGCUAGCUAUCGACGGUGGUUUUUCCCGUAAAAUAGUGCAUGAGACCCCAAAAACACGAUUUUCAAAUAGCCAAUGCUGAAGUGGUAGAUUACCUUAAUAAGUAAGGUCCAUAUUGAUAAAUAAGGCCUACACUACAUACCAAAAAUUGUUUGCAGCUCCAUGCAAAAUUUGAGCUUUGUUGGUAUGUUGAAAAUUAUUCAUUUUAAUUUCAUUAGAAAAAAAUGCACACAGCCAAUUUUGCACUUGGGUUUAAUGAUGAUUUCCUUUAAAUAAUUUGUUCUUAAUUGUUUUCAAUGAAUAAUAGAAUCUAUAUACCUGGAGAAAAUUAUAAAAAUAUCCUAUCACCCGCUCAUAACCCCACUUUUUCCCCUCAAAUAUUUCCCAAAAAAGUCAACAACUGUAUUAUUAAAUUUAUUUUAUAUACUCACAACCUGGCAACACAGACAUAUUAUUUUGUAAUAGUCUAGCCCAGGGGUCAGAAACCUAUGCGACAUAUGGCAGACGUUGUAAGCAGAUAGACAGAAAAAUUAAUAACAAAAUGAUUAAAUAAAUGUUUCAUCAAGUAGACUUCUAGGUUGUUGGCUGGCAGAACGAAUUAGAAAUCCAACUCUGGCACAAUAAUACCAAACGAUUGCUGACAUGGCCUAGCCUUAUGAUAUAAUUUUUUAAAAAAAUAGCAUAAUCUAGCCUAGACCUGCUAUCAAUAUUAUAGUUUAAUUGUCCUUUGACUAAACAGUUCAAUCGUGUCAUGUUGCAACAAGAGGGCACACCAUUUUUAAGGGCUAGCUGUAAGCUCUCAAAAGAAAAAAUGCUUCUAUCGUUAUAAGAAGCUGAGUUAUGAAUUUUUUGUGAAGUUUAUGACUUAUAAAGAUACUCAACUUUUGAAUAUUAUGCCAAAACUUGUGACCAUCUUUUGGCAUUCUCUAAAUCAUUUUGUAUAAAAUAAAAAUAUUUUUCAAGAAACUUGUUGCAAAUUGUCAUUAGAAUUGCAGUAUACAAAGCAUCUCACAAAAAAAGUCACGUAUGAUGAGCAAUAUUUAUUUUUAUGAUAUGCGAGGAAUACUUCCUUCUUUAAAUCCCAAAUUAUGGUUAAAACAAGUCAUUUUCACAAAUCAAGAAAGAAAUCGAUGAAGAACUGAGUAUAUCUUUAAAGUUCAUUUAUUCAAAAUAUCCUUAAGAACAAUAAUUUUGUGAUUUUUAUAAUUUUUUUUCCUCUUAAUUCCCCCUACUGAUAUUUGGAUAGAAAUAAAAGUUAGAUACAAAUUUAGUUGUGUAAAGGCGCUUUGAGCCUUUGGGGAUGAAGCGUGUUUUUGAAAUAAAUUUUAGUAUUAUUAUUAUUAUAUUCUUGUAGGGAAUUGAAUAAACUAAUAUGAACUUCACUUAGUAACUUGUAACAAUAAAUAUGAAUAAAGUGUUCAUAAAUGUCACUCAAGUGUUUAUAAAUAUGACUAGAGUGUUAUGAAGCCUUAAAUUUUUCUGUCCCAAAGUUGCACACAAAAAUUAUAUACCACCUUCAUUUCAACAAAAUAUCAAAAAGCUCACAGCUUAUAUGCAGGUACUGAGGAGCAAUAACAAUCUAAGCAUAAUCUCUCUCUAAGCUCACAGCUUACAUGCAGGUACUGAGGAGCAAUAACAAUCUAAGCAUAAACUCUCUCUAAGCUCACAGCUUACAUGCAGGUACUGAGUACUGAGGAGCAAUAACAAUCUAAGCAUAAUCUCUCUCUAAGCUCACAGCUUACAUGCAGGUACUGAGGAGCAAUAACAAUCUAAGCAUAAUCUCUCUCUAAGCUCACAGCUUACAUGCAGGUACUGAGGAGCAAUAACAAUCUAAGCAUAAUCUCUCUCUGUGAGUGUUAGUUAGACACUGUAAAGUUGGACAUUAAACUUAAGUUCACAAUGAAUACAAUAAUCAUACAAAUAUUUAUCAUUGGAACAUUCCUUCAAACAAGUAAAUGGCAAUAAAAUGAUCCCAUAGUGUCCCACCCACAAUUUUGUUUAGCUGUGACAAAUUACAACUUAGUAUUCAGAAGUAUAAUAGGCUGACUCUGUAUGCUUCUUUUGUCACGGUUAUUCGUCUAUAUUAACAUAUCAUUAUCAAGAAAAAUGUAAAUGUAUUUUUUGCUUACUUAUGGUAUAGAGUAUAACUAGGAAGAAAUGUGUCUGUGUUGUUGUAGAAGUAUAUGUAUGUAGAUGUAUAUCCUCUGCAGAUUAAAAUUAUAUCUUUUCUUAAUACUAAUUUAAUUAGUAAUUUUACCAUAAGGACAAUUUUAAGCUUGGAAUCAUAGUACACUUGAUUUAUCUGGUUUCCAACUUAUUUUAAAAUUUGACAUAACUUGUGAGUUUUCAGGUGAAAUCUUAAAGGCAAAACUCAAUCAUUUGACCUUGAUUUUAUCUGAAGAUUUCUCCCUAGGUUGGAUUGUUAUCUGUUAUCUGAACUUUGAACUACCUGAAUGAAGACAGAUUUUUUUCUUAUCUCUUAAAGAAAGUCCAUACAGCUAAAUGUUAUAUGUAUCAGUGCAUAUAGUUCUAAGACAAAGCACUUCACUGUAAAAAUUAUAUGUAUCAGUGCAUGGAGUUCUAAGACAAAGCACUUCACUAUAAAAAUUAUAUGUAUCAGUGCAUGGAGUUCUAAGACAAAACAGGUUAUAAGAUAAAAGAUACUAUGCCAAAUACUAAGCAAAAUAUAAAUAACAUAGUUUUUAUUUCUUAGAAGAGGGAAAAAUAGAGCUAGGGAAGGUAAAAUUAGCAUCCACAUUCAUUUAAAUAUCUAUUAUAUGUGUUCCUUGAAAAUAUUUUUGUUAAAAGUUGUUUAGUUGAAUUUAUAUCUAUUCUAUCUUGUUCAUGAUGUGUUACAUAAUUGAUCCUGUUUUAAUGAAUCAUAACCAGUAUUUUAACACAUUACCAUAAUUAUUUUCAACUAUUAACAAUUGACAGGUUUGAAAAUGUAAGAGGAAGUAGAACUAGUUUAUCGGCAUCUAUUGAAUAGGUUCAAUUUAAUCCAAGCAUGGACUUCCCUCUUGUCAAUGGCAACUCAUCUGAUGUGAGCAUUGAGGAGGAUAGUGCAGCAAUCGUCAAGAAUGAUUCUCAUCAUAGCAGUCUGGUUAACGGACAUCGCAAUGGAAGCCCUGAUUCUUUUAAUGAUAUACAGGGUAGACUGGGUAAGUUAUUGUAGAUUAUUUCAGUUUUGUCUAUGGUUAAAUGGUGAACAAUUCUUGUACAGACCUUGAUUCCAAUGGUAGACAUAUAGCAAAGCCUUAGUUCCUUUUAUUCAUUAUCUUAUGAUCAUUUAGACAUCUUAAUAUACUUUGUAUUGUUUACAUUUGUACAUCUUUAUCAUCCUUUGAUUUAUUCUGUAUAUUUUAGACACCUUUAUUAGGUACGUCAAAAUGAUUUUUCAAAACAGUCUUAUAGCUAUAUUUUAUACUGGUACAAGUGUUAUGUCAAGAAUUCAUGAUUCUAAGAACAUGGAUAUCAAACUUGUUCAUAUAACUGAAUGAUUUUAAAAAGUUAUGCAUUUUUAAAAAUCUUUGUAUUUUGACAUAAUUUGUCUUUGCCACCAUCAGAAGGGCCAUCUUCAUAAGGUUAUAUCUGUACAAGUAAAUCAAUUAAACUCACCCAGCACAGACUCAAUUAAAGUCAAACAUAAUUAAUUCUUUAAAUUUUAAUCUAAUAAAAAUGGUGUUUCUUCACAUUUUUGAAAACAACAGAAAAAACAAUUAAAUUUAAAAACUAGCACUUAGCUGAAAAGUAGUAUCCGAGAGGCAGCAAUAGAAUUCUUUUGCUGCGUCUCUUUUGCAAUUUUCACUACACUAUCCAUGACAUUUUGCAGUGUAUCAUCUUUGAGCUGAUAAAUUAUACAAUGAUACACUUGAAUGUCUGGAAAAUCAUUGUCAGCCAUCAGCAAACCAAUCAGACCAACUCUCCUUCCUACCAUUUCUGGAGCACCAUCUGUUGUAACUGAAAUAAAUUUCUUCAAAUCAAUACUAUUCUUUAAUAGAAAUUCCUUCUGUGCCUUAUAUACACCCACCCCACGGGUUGUAUUUUUCAAUAGUAUUAGUGCCAAUAAUUCUUCUUUAAAUCGAUCUUCCGUGUCAAAUCCAACCCAAAAAAUAGUUUGGACUGUGUCACUGAUAUCACAUGAUUCAUCCAAUGCAAGACUAAGACAGGUAGAUUACAAGACAAGAUAUGUUUAUUUCAUUGCAAUCUAUUAUUAGGCUUAUAGUUACCUGCUCCCAUGACUUGUUAUUUUCCUCUUUCAAAACAUGGAGUUGAAGAAGUAAUUUCUUGGUGAUGACCUGGGUAGGCAAUUAUGGCCUUCUUCCUUUCCCACUAGCCAGAAAAGUCCUCUCUAGAGUAGAGCAGUGCAUUGUUCACCAUCUAACAAAAUUAAACAUACCGGUAUUAUAAAUGAUAAUUAAUAGAAAUUACUUUAAGCUACAAAUAGUGUAUUUCUUUGUUAAUGGUCUGUAUAUAUGUCAACAAAACCAUCCCGUAACUUUACGAGUUUUUCUACUUUUAAAACAUUCAUUGUUUGUUUACAUUGCUAACAAAAUUACGAUCACGCGACCUUUUAUAUUUAUGAAAAUUGAAGCUGAUAAUAUCAUUUACAAGCUAUAAAAAUUAGUUGUCAGUUAUUUUCAAAUUACCCUCUUUCAGAAAAGACAAGAACAUUUUUAAUUGAGUAUUCAGAAAAAAAUAGAGAAAGGGGUGGGGGGUAUUUUUUUAACUUCAUCUGACAAAAGCCAAAAAUGAUUUCAAUGCGUGACAAAGUCAACGUCAUUAUAUCUACGAUAAUACAGAAUUCACAUAGCAAUAAACAAGUAAAACAUAACUGACAAAGUUUUACACUACAUAAUUACAUGUUUUUAAUGAUUUUACUUACCUAAUAAGCCUUUAGUAUUGGCUACCGUAAAAAAAAAUUAAUUGGUUGACAGUCGAUAAAAAGAAUCAUUGUGAUGGUUUUCAUGCAACAAAUGUAAUCUAUUUGGUUAUGUCAACAACAAAGAAAAUUACACAGAAUUAGAAGGCUUAGAAAAUAUACUUUUUAAUGGUACCAUUUUGAUUAGUAUACGACCAUUUUAAUGCUAGAAAACAUUAAGUGAAUAGCUACCAAAUAGAGAACUUGAGACAAAAAACUAAUUUUUAAGCCAGUUUGUGGUACCUACCUUUAGCAUACUUUGUUUUGUGUAUAUUUUAGACCUCUUUAUUACAAAUUAGAUUGCACAAACCACUAGCUUCCAUGGCAUUGAUCAACGUUUGAUUAAUCAGAAAUGAGCAGCAUGAAAUCACUAUCAACAUGCCAUCACUAUCAACAUGUCAUCUUUAUCACCUUGACAUCACCACCAACACGACAUCACUAUCAACAUGAAAUCACCAUAACGUCUUUAUCACUGUAACAUCUUAUCACCACGACAACCUUGUUUCUGAUUAUCUUAAAUGAAUUAAAUUUGAUUUCCAAUGAAUGAACUGAGCUUUAUUUCCCAACAGCCAUGCCACUCUUUGGAAUGGACAUUGGAGGAACUCUCACCAAACUCGUCUACUUCGAACCAGCUAAUUUUGAUGAAUUUGACUUCGCUGAACGUGAAACAUUGAAAACAAUUCACAAAUAUCUCAUCGGGAACACUGCUUACGGUAAAACUGGAAUAAGAGAUGUUCAUUUAGAACUGGGGAAUCAGACUAUAUGUGGCAGGACGGGCAAGAUUCACUUCAUUAGGUUCCCCACUGCUCAAAUGUCUGCCUUUAUUGAACUGGCAAAACUUAAAAACUUCUCUGGAUUAGCCAGCGGCAUCUGUGCUACAGGAGGAGGAGCCUACAUGUUUGAGGAAGUCUUUGCCAAAGUAGGUCAUUCUUAUACAAAAAUCCUAUUUGUUAGCUGCGGAUGUUUAUUGAAUUUAUAGAAAACGGCUUUAUUUAAUUUUAACAUUUAAAGAAAUUGAACACAUAAUCAGUAUAAGCUUUAUAUAUGUUUCUCAUGUUAUAUACCUUUUCAUUAAUAUGUAAAAAAAAAAAAAAAAAAGUAAAUAUAUUUCUGUGAGUAUUAAUUCUCCAAAUGUUAUUGUUCGUCAGAUUUGUAAUUGUGCUGAUUAAUUUUAUAUUUACUAUUUAAAAUACUAAACAAUUUUUUUAUUGAAACACUUUUGAAACACUUGCAGGAAGUUUUACUCCAACUUCACAAGUAUGAUGAAUUGGAUUGUCUGCUUAAAGGCAUUCACCAUAUAGACCGCCACAAUCCCUGUGAAUGUUAUUACUUCAGCAAUCCCCGAGACACAGAGUGCUGUGACAAACUGCCGUUCAACUUCCACAACCCUUACCCUUACCUUGUCGUCAACAUCGGCUCCGGGGUCAGCAUAUUGUCAGUUCGCUCAAAAACAGACUACAACAGAGUUUCUGGUACCAGGUAUAAAAGAGUAGAAUGUUUAAGGUCUUGGUCUUCUUAAACAUUAGAACCUAUUUGAUCCUAUCUAACUCAUCGUACAGCAAAAGAUUUAAAUUAAAGCUGAGAUUUUGAAAAAAUAUGCAACUGUAAGUCUCUGUGACCGUAGUUGAUUUCUGUGACCUAGUUGACUAGUUGAUCAAAAUGUUACCACAUUCGAACAGCCACAAAGUACACAUGAUGCUAAUUCAAUUGUAUUUUAAAAUGUUACAUUUACAAUAAAAACAUUUUUUAAAGGAUUUGUAUGAUAUAAUGUUUGCUAACUUAUCAAAUGAAUGCAAUGCAAGCGCCAGAUGAGUCUUUAGAAAUCACUGAAGCUUGUCCAAGUCAACAAUUUACAUAUAAAGGGUUUCUAAAUUUAGCACAGAAGGCAUUAUUCAUUUUUCAAAAUCAAUUAUUAAAGUUCAGUGGCUGAGACUUUGAGCCCAUUGAUUAUUUAUGGUUGGCAAAAUCAUGGAAUUUUUUUUUAAUAAGGAAAUUGAAAACCUUGGUUAAGUCUUACAAUAUUAUUUACAAAGUAGAUCAGAUUCAUGUUCAUCUUUUAAUAACCUGCAAAAACUUAUCAAUGAAGAGAAACGUGGUCAUACAAUAAUAAUGAAAUAAACAAGGAUAAUGAUAUAAUUCUUUUUUCUCGAGUCUUAGAUAUAUAUAAUACAGAUUUGUUUCUUUAUUAUAGAUGACUUUAUUCAUGAAAUUUAUUAUACUUAUCAUCUAAUUUCUAAACUGCACUUGACACUGAAAGAACUUCUUCCCAGUAAUGUUCCACACUGAAAGUGUUUGGGCUUGUUCUUAGAUCACAUGAUUGUCUUGGUCUUGGUUGUAAGUGUGCAGCUUCCUGUAACUUGUAGCACAUUAUUAAUCAUCAAAACUUGCCCAGAUCAAAUGUCAUGAACGUACCAAACAAUGUCAGCCAAGUAUUCCACCUCUAUGCAAACAGGAAAAACAGGAUUACCGGGAGAGAGAACUAUGAAUUAUAGCUUGGCCAGAUAUUAUUAUUUAGCAUAGUUUGGGAACCACUGAGUCCAAUUCUGUUCCAAUGUUUGUCCACAGUUUAGGUGGAGGAACAUUCCUAGGUCUUUGCUGCCUGUUGACAGGUUGUGAAACAUUUGAGGAAGCCAUCGGGCUAGCAUCCCAAGGGGACAGUCGAAAUAUUGACAAGUUGGUGAAAGACAUCUACGGUGGUGACUAUGGCAAGUUUGGCCUGAAGGGGGACACUGUUGCAUGCAGGUGAGACUGUUCUUCCCAUCUGUCCUGGUCAAUCAUUUAUGCAACAUGUUAAACUUUUCUCUCAAUAAAUAAAGAUUCUACUUGCACUAUACAAUAUUAUAGAUUUGCAGUUAUGAACAGUUUUGGUCAGAUGAUCAGUUAUCUGUAACACUUUAUUGGUCUAACAGUUUUGGUCAGAUGAUCAGUUAUCUGUAACACUUUAUUGGUCUAACAGUUUUGGUCAGAUGAUCAGUUAUCUGGAACACUUUAUUGGUCUAACAGUUUUGGACAGGUGAUCAGUUAUCUGUAACACUUUAUUGGUCUAACAGUUUUGGUCAGAUGAUCAGUUAUCUGUAACACUUUAUUGGUCUAACAGUUUUGGACAGAUGAUCAGUUAUCUGUAACACUUUAUUGGUCUAACAGUUUUGGACAGAUGAUCAGUUAUCUGUAACACUUUAUUGGUCUAACAGUUUUGGUCAGAUGAUCAGUUAUCUGCAACACUUUAUUGGGUUAACAGUUUUGGUCAGAUGAUCAGUUAUCUGGAACACUUUAUUGGUCUAACAGUUUUGGACAGAUGAUCAGUUAUCUGUAACACUUUAUUGGUCUAACAGUUUGGUCAGAUGAUCAGUUAUCUGUAACACUUUAUUGGUCUAACAGUUUUGGUCAGAUGAUCAGUCAAGAGAAAAGAGAUGCAGCCAGAAAAGAGGACCUGGCCAGAGCAACACUGGUCACAUUAACCAAUAACAUUGGUUCUAUAGCAAGGAUGUGUGCCAAGACGGAGGUAAGUCUGAUCUCCUCUUCUUCUUCUUCUUAUAUUUGAGGUGCCCACGAUCAAUUUGUUGAUCAUUCUGGCUCCUGGUUUAAAUUCAGAGUUUGCCUUCUCUUAGAUGGGUUGGGCAGGUUCCGAUCGCUCAGGGUAGAUGCCGGGGUGCUUGGGAUGAUUUGCUUUUGGUGGGGAUUGAACUCCAGACCACCAGCUGUUUGGUUUGAGACCGUUUAGACCGCUCGGCCACCCAGCACCCAGUAGUGGGGCUUGUAACAAAACUCAGGAGAAACCACAAGACAUUCAUUUUAGCUUAUUAUGAAAUGGGAUAUACAGGUAUGUUCAAAACACUGCCCACAGGUGUCAUUUUCACGGUUUUGUUAAAAGUUGAAGUAUGUUAUCAGCCGGCAAUAUAAAAACAAUACUGUCAUAUUUUAAUCAACUGACAGGGCUUGUUUAAAAAUUAGUAGCAGUAUUCGAUAGUUGUCAUACCGGUGGGAAUAUAGUGUAGUUCCAGGAUUAAAAUUUGGGAAAUAAAUUUCCUGUUUUAUUUAUUGAAUGGUAAAAAAAUAAAUUAGUUGUAGUAACACUUUGAAAAAAAUCAUUGAAUUAUUAAAAAUGAUAAUUUUUUUAUACUUCAAAAUUGAUCAGUUUAAAGUUGGAGAAUAUCCUCAUUUGAUCCUAAUUAAGUUAGUGUUUUAAUAAUAUUUAACCGAACUGUUUCAGUUAUAAAUAUUUUAAAAAGGGUAGCUACUGAACCAACCACUCGAGAAUUGGUUUCUCUAUUUCAAAUUUGUUGUUUACAUAAUCACUUUUUAAAAAGAAUAUUGAACUUUUUUCUCCUCAGAAAAUUGAACGUGUUGUUUUUGUUGGUAAUUUUUUGAGAGUAAAUGAGAUAUCCAUGAAGCUCCUGUCUUAUGCAAUGGAUUAUUGGUCUGAUGGAUCUCUCAAGGCACUCUUCCUGCAACAUGAAGUAGGUUAUCCUUGUUUGAGCCAUACGGCCAAGGCUUAAAAACGUAGUAUUUAAAGUAAUGUUUAAGUCAGUGUUGGAGUUGUCAUGUAAUUUGAAUAAGUCUAAUCCAAUAGGCUAGUCAUAGUUUACUGCAGCCUAAUGAGUUCUGGUCUAUCUUUUCUAAUCUUCUUGCAUUUUGUUACAGGGGUACUUUGGCGCCAUGGGCUGUCUUUUAGAAUAUCUACAACUCAAUAGUUAACAUAUUCAGAUCAAAUCAACAUAUUCAAAUAACCACCAAACAGUCUGGACAUUUGCUUAGUACAAGGAACCCCUGAAUGAGCAUACAUUGUGAGAACCCCUGAAUGAGCUUACAUUAUGUGAACCACUGAAUCAGCUUACCUUGUGCAAUCCCUGAAUCAGCUUACAUGUCAAUUGUUUGAGAUUAAGAGUCAAAAGUUAUACAAAGUGUUAAAUUGCUAUAAAUAGAGAUCAAAAUAAUCAGUGUCAGACUGGUUGAAUUUUUAUAAAUUUAUAUAUAUCAGCACUUUCAAGCAACCAAAUGGUGAUAGGUCUGGAAAGUCGUGUGACAGCAUCAGAAAAGCUAGCAUGCUAUAUGUUACUUAAAUUACUGUAUCAUGUUUUGGUUUUGUUAAAUGAGAUACACAUAAGGACUGAUUAAAAUUACAUUUUAAAUGACAACAAUCAUGCCAACUAUGACAAUAAUCAUGCCAAAUAUGCCAUUGUAUCAAUUUGUUCGCAAACAACAAACAACUCAAAGUCAAUAAUCUCCUUUAAUCCUACAAAAAACUGUCAUUAGCAAAAGUCAGUUGAUUUUCACAUGAAUUUUAAUUGUGCAUUUCAUUUUUUUUAAAGUGAUAACAUAUUUAUUUAUUUAUAUUAUAUAGUUCAACAAAUAUGGAUCUCUAUAUUAUGGUCUGUAGUAAGCUCAAUUUUUCUGCCAGACUUGAGUAUAAGCAAGUUUUUUUUGUGGAAUAGCACUGUGUGCUCUAUAUAUUGCCUGGUUAUGUUAAGUGCUGUGGGUAUGAUUUUAUAAAAUUAUUUAUUUAGUGAGAAUAUUGGUUCGGUACAUGAAGGGGGAAUAUUUCUCUUGUUGAAUAUGGGUCCAAACAACAGAGCUAUCAUUCAUAGUUGGAGAAAUGUACAAUUUUAUGCAAAUGUGUACAUUGUCUUGAUUCCUGGUGAAUUUAAAUAAAUAUUUUAUUCCUGGUUACCUAAGUUAUUGUAAUGUGAAAUGUUAUCUUUCUUACAACUAACUUUUGUUCAGCACAAUAGUUAAAAUAUUAGAUUUUUAAAUGCAAUAUUUGUACCGUAGUACAAGUGAUCUGUACUUGCAAGCAAUUCUGUCUAGACAAGAAUUGAUUUGUUUCUUUCUACAAAUACAAACAACAUUUUUGAUGUUAAGAUCCUAAAUUUAACAGACAUGAAUAUUUUUUUGCUAUUAAUUAUUUACCUAUUACUAUAAGUGAAAAAAUUCAGAUUAAUCAAAUUAAAUGUGUAGCUACAAAUCUUGUUUCAACCCAGAUAAAUCAUAUGAAAUGUGUAGUUACAAAUCUUGUUUCAGCCAGAACCAAUUUAUUUUAAGUAGUAUUUUUUUAAAUUUACAUUUAAUUGAAAUGACAUUGGUACACUAUGAAUUAUUGUAAUUGUAUGCAUCUAAAUCUGAUUGAGUUAAAAAAAUGUGUAGCACAUUUAAAUAAGGGCCAUUGAGAGUGUCAUUUUUAUUUCACAAUGUGUGUCCAGGGGAUUAUGGGUUUAAGCGAUGGGGCCGGGGUGCGGAUGCUUGUGAGGUUAUAUUUGAGGGGGGUGUAAAAAAUCUACAAAAUUUGCAUGACAUCAUUAAUAAAUGGCCCCUAAGUCGAUUUUUGUUUUUUUAAAGCUGGAAAAUUUGUUGUACGUUUAGAAUUUAUUCAUUAUGGAUGUCAGCUCCAAAAACUAUUAAAUCAAUAUGACCAUGGAGGAUUUUCACAAAGUAUUAUGAUGAUUUUUUUUUAAUAAUGUUAUUUUAUUUUUAACAAUUGGUCCUAUUGACCUACCGCAUUGAAGUAAGAAUAUGCUGCAGUAUCGAUAUCGGACAUUCCUUUGAACAGAAAUUAACUAUAUCAAUAUUUUACUUGUUUCUUCUGCAUUUUCUUAUUGUUGAAUGGACCUAACAUUAAAAUUUGUCUGUCAUUUUAACACCUUAAGUUUGAAAAUCAUAAAUAUUUUGGGUGCUUGGAAUCAUUAUACCGAUACAUGGGAUUAUGAAAAAAAAGAAAUUAAGGAAACAAAAGAUUUCAACUGAAUUAUUUUUCCCAUAAACUAUGUAAUGACUUAUUCAACAUGCAGUUUGGAAGACAUGUGAAGACAAAUUUUCUGAGUAUGGAAGUGUCCUCUUAAAAUUCACCUUUUUUUAGUACCGGUAACAAAAUAAAAUACAUCAAAAUUUAUGCCAGGCAUAUAACUAUAAAAUAUAUACAUAAUAAUUAUAUGUUGUAAUUCUAAGACUGCAAUAGUUAGACAUGGAAUACUCAUACAGGUUCUUUAAUACUUGCUAUUAUUAAUAACCACUCAUAUAAUAUAAUGGUGCUGUUUGGUCUAAAAUGCUGGUUGGUGGUUUGAAGUACUUGUUUUAUUUCUUUAUGUACACACCAUUGCUCAUUAAAUAUGUUAAAGCAAUGUCAUGUCAUUGUUUUGUGAGUUCAAAAGAUACACACCUUUUAUCAAAAGAAAUUAUUAUUAAAAUAAAUUGGUUUUAUUUUGGUGCUACAUUACGUCAAAGUCAUUUUCUUAUCAUUUACCUCUUAACACUUGGCUAUAGUUUGAGAAGAAAUUAACAUUGUAUUUCAAUUUAUGAGUAAUCUGAGGCCUCAACUCAGGCAGUCUUCCACUUCCAGUAUGUCUAUGAUCGGUGGGGCCAAUGGAUGCUGCUAUAAACUAUAAUUAUUGUCAACGCAAGUAUCCUCCCAGUCUUAAGCACAACGCUUGGCAUUUGUUCUGUGAAAUUAUUACAGCAGUAACAUGUUGAGAUAAGGGUUUGUCUUAAACAAGCUGGUCGUGUGUGCCAAAGAAACAAUGCCUGAAAAACAUUCAUGAAAUUAGCACUAACACUGGUAAGCUUGGGAGAUGUUAUAAUUAAAAAUGUGUCUCCCGACUAUAACUGUAAAAAAGAAACUUUAAACUUUUUUUAUGUGACCACUUCAACCUUUUAAUACAAGUUGCAGGAUUACAGAGUUUUUCUUGUUUCACCAUGUUAUCAGAUUUUACUUUUAUUAGUUUUUGUUUGAAUAGAAAUGUCUUAGUAUUUGUGAAUGUAUUUCAUCCAUGGUGAGUGGAGAGAGAGACACACAAUGCUUGUUCUACUGCAUGUGAUAAAGAAUUUCUGCUCACAUAUUCUGGUUAUUCCAGCUCAAUAUGAAGCGAAAGUUUAGUUCAGAAACCACAUUUAUUGACAUCUGCUGUCAACGGUUACAUGAGUUCAGAGAUAGAACUUCAUGGAAACUACACUGCCAAUGUUUUUUCUAAUGCUACAUUUAUUUAUUUUUUAUUUUUUUAAACUAAGAAGCACAUUACACACUAAGCAAAAAAUCUGUAAGUCUACAUUUAAAAAUAAAAGAACAGUUGGUCUAGACUUAUUACAUGGAUAGGUACCGUAUACAUAUAAAAGUUGGACUAAAUUUAUUACAUGGAUAGGUACCGUAUACAUAUAACAGUUGGACUAGACUUAUUACAUGGAUAAGUAUAUUUAGAAAAAUUGUUCUAGACAUAUUACAUGAAUAGGUAUGCCUAGAACCACAGGUCAAGACAUAUAUCAUGAAUAAAAACAUAUCAAUAUUGUACAUGGGGACAGGUUUUGUAUUCCUUGUAAGUAAUCAGAGCUGCACCACUUAUUAUUGGCUGACAUGUUUAUUUAAAAUACCUUUAUUAUUAUCCUGACUUUUAUUCUGUAAAUAAAAAGGUGAACAUGAAUAACAAAAGUUUUUGUUUGAAAUAUAUUUCUAAUGUCUCCAAUGGGGGCGAGGAAAAAUAAAUUGUGGGUUUGAGAGUUACAUUUCUAAUGUCUCCAAUGGGGAGGAGGAAAUACAUUUUGUGUUUGAGAGUUAUAUUUCAAAUAUUCUUUUAUUCCAAUGGAGUGAUUUCUUUUACAGGUUAACUGUUAGUUAAAUAGUUCAAUAAACUUUUCGUUAAAUUUUUCAAUUAGUUGUUAGUUACAGAUAGACCACUAAUAUUGAAAUGGCUAGAAAGACUUUGACUUGGUAUGCUUGUAAUAAGUUUUUGUAGUGUUGCGUUUGUUUUAAAUAUGGUAAAUUAUAUAUAUUUUUGUUGUUGUUGACUUUGUACCCCGCUUCGAGCCUUUGGGGAUGAAGCGUGUUUUUGAAAUAAACUUUAUUAUUAUUAUAUUAUUUGUCAAUAAACAGUUAGUUACAAAUAGACCAAUUACCUUUCAAUAAACU